GCGUCGGCGCAGCGCAAAGCAGUGGCUGGCGAGGCUGUUGAGCGAUCGCGCCAGAGAGGUUCGUGUUGUCAUCGCCUCAGCAGCUGACAGCUCGGCCGUCCAGGCAGUAGAUGGUAGAGCGGACAACAGCGUGCGUGUUUCCCACGACUGCCAAGAGAGCUGGUGGACCACCUUGGCGGCACCAAGAUGAUGUGGAGGAGGGAACAUGGAGAAAACCCGAGAGCAGAAGACACCACCGGCCACCACAGGACCAGCUUCUCUCGGCGUACGGCUAUUCUAGUUUGCUCGUUUCUUCUGGCUUCGCAGCUUCCCUACGCCAGCGGUCUAACAUCUACUGAGGGUUCGAGUAAUACACAGACAGUUGGAGGUGCCAACAGCAGCAAUGGGACACCUUCAUCUGAAGUUGAACCCAAUGCUGACACUGGUAGUGAAGGCGAGUUCACAAUUCGCCGACUGGACCCUCGUGUGAGGCCACUGCUGUACCGCCUUACCAUCAGGCCCUUCCUCGGUGAGGGCACCAACUUCACGUUCCACGGCCACGUCGCCAUCACACUAACCAUUCUGCCAGGCACUGAGGUCGACUCCAUUGUCUUCCAUGUGAAGCAGCUCAACAUUUCUGCUGAUCAAGUUACUGUAACAGUCGACCAGGACAGGCAGACUACAGAGGCUGGCAACAGUGGCAGGUCCGAAGCACUGGCAGUGGUAGACCAGUGGGCGGACCCCGUACAGGAAACGUACACUGUGCGUGUGUCUCCAGCCCUGCAGCUGGGGGCCCGCUAUGUACUGUGGGUGCCAUUCCGAGGACAGUUGCAGGAGGCGACACUAACAGGCUUUUACCGCACUUCCUACACGGAGGAUGGACGCACCAAAUGGAUAGCACUGACACACUUUGAGGCAACAGAAGCACGAAGUGCUUUCCCCUGCUUUGACGAACCUGCGAUGAAAGCCAUGUUCCAGAUCAACAUCAUCCAUUCCAGCAACUACACCGCCAUCUCCAACAUGCCCAUAGUUCAUACUGAACAGUUAGAGAACGAGGCAGGAUGGAUUGUGGAUCAUUUUGACACAUCACUGCCUAUGAGCACCUACCUGGUGGCUUUUACCCUUUCGGAGAUGGUGUUUGAAAUGGCAAAACCACCACCUCUUCCAGAGGCCAACGAUGAGAAAACUCCUCUAGAUGUCAGUAGGCAGCCUGUCCAGGCUUCCAGCUGCAGUGAUACAGUGGUCCCAAAGGGAAGAAGCAGGGUUUCUGCAUUAGGUCAUGAACCACACAAACCAGACAUCAGGGGCCAAGAAAGGCAUUUGGGAACUGUUCAGCAGAGCAGGGAAACACGUUUGAAUGCAAGUUUUGCAACUCCUCAACAGCAGAAAUGGCGGCCAGGUACAUCUACCUCUACAAAUGUGACUGGAAGUGCAGAUCCAGUAAAAAUACGAAUUCUAGUGCAACCAGGUUUCAGAGACCGAGCGAAAUAUGUACUCACUAUAGCUCCAGUAGUAUUAAAAUUCUAUGAAGACUACUUUCAAACACCAUAUCCUCUGCCAAAGCUGGACUUCACUGCUGUUCCUGACUUCUCAUAUGGUGGCAUGGAAAAUUGGGGUGCUGUUAACUACUGGGAUGACCGGAUACUUGUUGGGCCGGAAACAACAAGUGAUAACUUGCAGAGAGCGGCCAUACACAUUGUUCACGAGUUCAGUCACCAGUGGUUUGGCAACCUAGUCACACCGAUUUGGUUUUCAGAGACAUGGCUCAAGGAAGGCUUAGCCACAUUCCUUGAGUACCGAGCAACCAAUUUUGUGGAACCCACAUGGGAAAUGCCAGACAAGUUUCUGAAUGAAAUGCAUCGGGUGAUGCUACAAGACAGCACACGGUUCACCCGCCCACCUUUCACUGCUGUUGAAACUGUAACACAGCUGAUCCAGACGUUUGAUUCCAUAUCAUACAGUAAAGGUGCAUGUCUUUAUAGAAUGCUCAAUCUCAGCCUAACUGAAGCAGUGUUCAGGAAUGGUCUGUCAAUAUUUAUCAACAGAUGGAAAUACUCAAAUGCACAGCACGAUGACUUGUGGUGGUCCUUGGAAGAAGCCAUCAAGCAGAGGCCUGUGCACCAACGCAUUAUUCCAGCAAACACGUCUCUGAAGGAGGUGAUGAAUUCUUGGAUCCUGCAGCCUGGAUUCCCUGUUGUUACUGUCACAAGAAAUUACGUGACUGGAUCUGUCACUUUCAAACAGGCACGGUUCACUAUAGACGGACGUCCAUUGGCAAACAGCUCAUCACAGGCAUGGUUUGUACCUGUGAGCUACGUGACGCAGGAGGAGGCAAAUGCAGGUGCUGCAUCAACUCUCCCUCGUGUGUGGCUCAUCACAAGUGAGGGUCAGCGUUCCGUCACUGUUGAGAGGAUCCUCCCUUCCGGGAGUGUGGGAGCUUCUCAGUGGCUACUGGCCAACUUCCAGCAAGCAGGGUACUACAAGGUGAACUAUGAUGUGGACAACUGGAAGCUGCUGGUGCAGCAGCUGGCAACAAAGCCCCUGAUGCUACCAGCCGCGACACGUGCACAGCUCAUCUCUGACGCUUUUUCACUUGCCAGAGCCGGCGCCUUACCCUACGGCAUCACACUCAACCUGACACGAUACCUGCGCGACAGUCGUGUCGAGCUCAAUCCUGUUCCUUGGCAGGCUUUUCUGGAAGGCACUCAGUUUCUUGAGGAUGGGCUCUAUGUUACAAGAACCUAUUCAUCCUUAAAGAGGUACGUGCAGAGUGUGCUGAAGCCACUGACGCAGCAACUGAACACUCGGCCACGGCCCGGGGACUCCCUCCCGACGAAGCAGCUGCGUGUGCUUGCACUCUCGCGGCUCGUCCGGCUACAGACUCACAGUGACUGGGCGCAUGAGUAUUUUUCUCAGUGGAUGGCAGCACCUAACAAUUACUUGAUUCCACCAGAUUUACGUUCAGCAGUGUUCUGCGCAGCUGUUAUGAAGGGCAGUGAAACGGAGUUCAAUUUUUUGAUGGAACAGUUGAACAACACUGCAACUCCAUCCUUGCGCAAUGAACUGCUUUCUGGCGUGAUGUGCAGCCAGGAACCAGCCCGAAUCCUCAUGUUGUUAACUGCACCUCUAGAAGGAAAGAUUCUGGAUAUUCAAGAUACACCAACAGUAUGGCAGGCAGUUCCAAGAAACCCUGUUGCACGCACAGUAGCAUUUGAGUACAUAAGAGAACAGUGGACUAAUCUGACCAGCAGGUUUCCUGAUACAGACUACCCUCUUAACGAUAUGCUGGAUGGAGCAACUGCUGGAUUGAGUACAGCAGAGCAACUAGAUCAGCUUAAAGCUUUCAUAAAUUCACAUCAAGGCCAGUUCAACUUCACAACAACAACAAUAGAGCGUGCUGUUGAAUCUCUGCAAGAGAAAGUGACCUGGAGACAACGUUUUCAGGCUGACAUUGCCGAGUGGCUCAAUUCAUCUGCUUCUGGUCUUUCAAGGGAACUAUAACAUUCUGGAUCAACACAAAACAACUACUUUCCCAAUGGUGCAGUGUACGCUGUUGAUAAUAUGUGUACAUAAACAGUGUUAUAGCUCAUCAUGAGUGUGAAGUGUCUGUGUAAGCAGAAGUGUCAAGUGAUAUACUUUUAUGGUAUUGUGUGUGGUAUCAGCAUUAUGUGUUUAUGACUUUACUUUCAAGUAUUGUGUAACAACCUCCUUUUUCUAAAAAAGAAAACUUCCUGGUGUUGAAGCUUCAAGAUACUGUUCACUAUUUGCAACAUUCUGGAAACCUUCAGCCAUACCAUGUGAGGACAAUAUCCAAACACCAUUGAGUCUUGUACACCUGGGAACAUUCCAGUAAUGUCCACUCUAAUAAAGAAGUUACUUCCAGUAAAA